AUCCGACCUGACCCACCCGACCUGACCCGACCCGGAACUAGUCAAUUCGACCCGUUUUUAAAAAAAAACCUAAUUCAAUUUUUGUAGGUGAAGAAAAGCUUCUUCAUCUUCUCUCACAAGGCACACAAGGAGCCAUAAACCUUUCUCUUGCAUUCUUCUGUUCAAUUUCGUAUUUUUUUGCAUUGUGUAAAACCAUGAAUCGCGAAGGCCUGUACGAGGUUGACGAUGAUGAUGACGAUGACGACGACGAUAUCGGUGAAGAUCUCGAAGAAUUAAGACGAGCCUUUAUCGUCACUGAGGCCAAAGGGUUGCCGUCGGAUUCAGAGAAUGACGAAGAAGAUGAUUUGGAGAUGCUUCGGAGCAUUAAGAGUCAAUUAGCUUCGUCGACGACGAAUGUGGGUUUAUCAGUGCCCUCGGAUUCGGAGAGUGAAAACCAUUUUGAAAUGCUUCGGAGCAUUAAGAGCCAAUUGGCAUUGUCGAUGGACGAAGACGAAGAUGAAGAUGGUGCAUUUGAAACCCUUCGCGCUAUUCGUAGACGAUUCUUUGCUUAUGAAAAUUUCGAUGUGGAAGGAAAUUUCAUGAAUGAUUCUUCACACGAGAAGAAGAAAAAGCAGGUACAUGCCUCGGAUAAUGAACCUUCAACCGAAAUAUUGAGUAGAUCUAAUACUUGUGAAAGCUUUCCAGAUCACGGGAAAUCAGCUGUUACAGAGCCAGAUUCAGAGACUUCUAUUGAGCAACUUGACCAUUUGGAGACAUGCCAAUCAUCUCUUAUGCCAGCUACAAGUUCAGGUUUCCCUGAAGCUGCACUAGCCUUUCUUGAUGCAAUCCGGAAGAACAGGUUAUAUCAGAAGUUUCUUCGAAGACAAUUGAGUGAAAUCGAAGCAACGAUUGAGCAGAACGAGAAACACAGGAAAAAUGUUAAGAUAGUUAAAGAUUUUGAAGCUUCUUGCAAGAGAAUUACUAAACAGGCACUUUCUCGAGGGAAAGAUCCUCGAGUCGAAUUAAUCUCAACUCCAAAAUCUAGGCCUGAUUCUGGUAGCUCCGGGGGUAAUGAUAAAAAGACAUCUUAUUUGACUAUGGGUCCGCCGGAAAAUACUUGUGUUGAAAAUUAUAGGAUGGCACUAGAGAAAUAUCCAGUUUCCGUGGAUCGCGCAAAUUGGACUACUGAGGAGAAGGAAAAUCUUGCAAAAGGUCUAAAACAACAAGUUCAAGACACACUCAUUCGUGAAGCUUUUGAACGGUCCAGUGACUUGGAAGGAUCUACAGAUGGUAUAAACACCAUUCUUGAAGGGAUAAAAAGUCUUGAGAUCACACCAGAAAUGAUUAGGCAGUUUCUUCCGAAAGUUAAUUGGGAUCAAUUGGAUAUCAAGAACCGUUCUGCUGCAGAAUGUGAAGCCCGGUGGAUGAGCUCGGAUGAUCCAUUGAUUAACAACGGUCCAUGGACUGUAGCAGAAGACAAUUACAUACGCUUAUUUACCAAAAACAAGGGUUUUACAGACUGGCUUGACAUUGCGGUAUCACUGGGGACAAAUAGGACCCCAUUUCAAUGUUUGGCUCGAUAUCAGAGAAGCUUGAAUCCAGAUAUAUUGAGAAAAGAAUGGACUGCAGAGGAAGAUGACCAACUCCGUGCCGCAGUAGACUUGUUUGGCGAGUCAGACUGGCAAUCUGUUGCAAAUGUAUUACAAGGAAGAACUGGACCUCAGUGCUCUAAUAGAUGGAAAAAGUCGCUUCACCCUAGCAGAACAAGGAAACGAAACUGGAGCUCAGAGGAAGACAAACGAUUGAAAGUAGCUGUAACACUGUUUGGAACUAAAAACUGGCGUAAAAUUGGUCAGUUUGUUCCUGGACGGACGGGUACUCAGUGUGUAGAGAGAUGGGGAAAUUCUUUAGAUCCCAAACUUAAAUUUGGGAAGUGGACCAAGGAAGAGGAUGCAAAAUUGAGAGAAGCAAUGAAAGAACAUGGACAUUGUUGGUCUAAAGUUGCUUCAUAUAUGUCUUGUCGCACUGACAGUCAGUGCGCGAGGAGAUGGAAGAGCUUAUAUCCUCACCUAGCGCAUCUUAGACAAGAAGCUAGAAGGUUACAAAAAGAAGCUACUAUAGGUAAUUUUGUUGACCGGGAAUCAGAGCGUCCAGAUCUUGUCGUAGGCGAUUUUUUGGCACUAGCCGAGAUAUCUCUUGAGCCAGAAGAACCCGUCCUGACGAAGAAACGAAAACCAAGACAUACGAAGAAGGCAGAUACAGAAUGCGAGAGUGAAGCAGUUUGUGCUGAUACAGAGAGACAACCAAAGAAGCAGAGAAAAGGAUUAGAGAGAUGCUCAGGAGAUGUAUGUAGAAAAAAGAAUGAGAAGACUGAAGACAAUGUAAAGGAGAAGAAACAAAGGCGAAAACGCACAAGUGUUGCAGGAACAUCAAAUAACAGCUCUGUGACCACCAACUGCCCUCAAGUAAAAAUUGGUAUCCAGAAGCUUAAGCCUAGGAGGAAAGUCUCUGCACUAGUUCCUAUUGAGAACCUAGAUGCACAAAAUUAGGUUUUUUUUUUAUGUUUGUUGUGCUCUUGAAAAUUUGUAUUUACUUUCAAUGCCUUGGAAUUCAAGGUUGGACAGUGACUUGAAAUGAUCAUCUCCUCUUUUUAUUCCACGAUUCUCUCAGAAUCAAAUUAAACCGGUCGAUCCUGGUUUAUUCGCGAACCAAAAUUUGAUUAGUGAUUUAAAAUAUUGGGAUUUCACUUGUGUAUAUAAUAGUCCAAUUGAGGUUUAGGGUUUAAGAGUUUGAGAUUUCUACUUUUCGUUUGUCCAAUAUUAAAAGUUUUGGGGGGAGGGUUUAGGGAUGGUUGACGAUUUCCCAAAGGGUUUGUUUCGAUUCUACAAGCGUGUAUAUGAGGUUGUGGAUGAUCCUUCAUUGGAUUCAAUAAUCUCAUGGAGCAAAAGCAACAAGAGUUUCAUCAUAUGGAAUCACCAAGAGCUAAGGCGUAGAAUGAUAUUUGCCAACUUCCACGGCCCCUUUUUCUCAAACUUCUUCUCCAUGCUUAAGAAUUUUGGAUUUAAAAGAAUCAAGAACGGGUCGGGGCAAUUGGAAUUUGGGAAUGCUAAUUUUGUGAGAGGCCAACCUGAGCUUUUGAAGAAGAUGCAAAUAAAGGCUAAUCACAAAAGAUCGAUGAAAAUUAUCGCCAAGGAAAAAGCAGAGGAAGCAGCGGAUGGCUUGAAGCUUUUACGAGUUUGAUCAACAACCCAUCAUCAUGCUUAUGCUUAUGCUUGCUCUUGUGUGUUUAAGAUGAAUAAACAAACUUAUUCCAUGGGUUUGUUGUUGUUGUUGUUGUUGUUUCAGUUGCUUUCUUGUAUUAAAACACUUUUAAUGGCUUUCGUUGUAAUAAUAUCUAUUUGGGAUUCUAUGAUUUAAACACUCUGAUCCUUUCACUUGGGAUCCA